UUUUUUACUAAUAUUUAAAUUGGUUUGUUUUUCUAAAUCACUAAAGUGUGACUGCCAAACGUUCAAAGCAUAGGAAAGGGGCAAACAGUUUUUCAAAUUAAUUAGGACAAGUUCAUCUAGAUUCAACAUUUGUUUCUAAACAGGCUGAAUUUGUCUUGAGCCUUGCACUUGCUGACGCUUUACUAUUUUUACCAAAAUAAUGUUGUUGAAAUGCUAGAUUAAUGUUUGCUCUGUUUUAAUAUGACUCAUUGGUAACUUUGCUCAAAACAUUUCAAUGUGGUUCCAGUUAAUUGAGAUAAAAUAUUUGGGAAAGGUUCUGUCUGUUCCGUAAACUUUGCACUGUGCUUUGAAUUUAAUGACACAAUAUGCAGGAAAGGUUCUGUCUGUUCCAUAAACUUUGACCUUGGCUUUGAAUUUAAUGACCAGUAUUUCAGCUGUGUUUGCACACAGUUUCCAAGAUGCAAGGUAUAUUAGAGCCAUGUGUAACUGACAAAAGCGCAAAAAAAAAAAAAAAAGAUUUAUUCCUGCAACUCACCACAGGAUUAGCAAGAAACAUCUGACUUUCCAAGUUGAAAUCGGUUAAUCUUAGUGGAUUUUUUUUUUUUUUACAUGAAACUUAAGACAUGAAGUAAAUGCACAAUUGUGUCCAACAUUAGUUAAUAAUCUUGGUCCUGACAGCAUGUCAGUUAGAACAGAGAAACGUUGCUGGAUGUGACCCUAUAAAACACACAAAAACAAAAAUCAACGGUGUGUUUUUAUUUGAAUGCAGUCGUCUUGUUAAAAACCUUGGUUUCUCAAUUUAGGUGUUUUUGUUGCAUGCCUAAUUGGGUUUACAUAAAUGUAUGUGUUUUUGUUGCAAGAAACAGUUUAAAUUCUUUUUUUUUUUCCAUUUAUUAUUCAGGGAACUCCAGCUUAAUAAAGCCCUCUGCCAAUUUAAUACCCACUUUUCAUAUGCUUGCAUUGCCAUUUAGCUAUUUUCUACUUCCAUUUUUUUACCUGUGCAAAAUGACAGAUUUUUACACAUGCCCAAAUAAUUAGCAGUUUAUUCAUUAUUUUGAAUUUUUUUAAAAUGGCACCCAUCUGAUUGAGUUUCAGCAUUGGUUCUGUGGCUGUAACAUUUGGGCUGAGACCACCAAUUCAUGAUCCAGACAGAGCGUUUGUUCCCUGGGGGUUAUACUUUGAUAUAUUUUGCUCUGGAGGUUUAAGUUUUGUACUGCAUUAAAACUUAUUUUUCCAUUUGGUUUGUAUAAAAUAGGACUAAUUAGAACCCCUAAUCCAAUUUAACCUCUUAAUUGACCUAAUGCUGCAAGGUAUUAUCUACUGGAAUCAUAUAUCCUCAUUCCCCUAUAGAGGACAAUGAGCAUAAUGUAGAAAAUCACUGUAAUUGGGGGAUAUUAUGUAAAAUUGACUUUUCUGACCUUCAUUUCAUGUUAUUAUGAUAUUCUCUCAAAAACAUACUUGUAGUGUUGCUUUGAUUCUUUCACGCAUGCUUGAGGAUUUCAUAAAUCUCCUGUGGCAGCCAUUCGGGGGGAGAGUAAGUGCUUGCUCGUACAAUGCACUGCGUACUUAUCCAAAGCUCUGCCUUGUUAUCUGCUGUGCAUGCAUAGACGAAACCCUGCAGCUGUGUGUUCAGCACAUGUGUGCUUUCACACCGGCAGAAUACUUCACACCUCUGUGGGGGUGUGAAGUAUUCUGUUCCUAAAACGUUUCACUCUGAGACUUGCUUUCAAAUGUUCCGAUGUGAGACACUCCGAUCCCUGGAGACUUGUAAAGCUUUCUGGACAUGUGGAUCGCAGCAAAAAUGUUGUGGUUUUAAUGAAGAGCGGCUCCAUGUAAACAGGGCUUAUAAACAGGAUCGUAAACUCCGAGAUGAGCUGUUCUACAAGCUGUUGAAUGACAAGGUGUUGUUCCCUCCACCCCCAUUAUUAUAAACCCUGAGAGAUUUAUUUAAACACAUUUUGCUAAAUCGACUUACUACAUUUUAAGCAAAGUGUGUUUGGGAAACAUGUUUACAUCAUGGAAAAUUGGCCCUAAUGUGUGUUUAUACCACAGAUCUGUUUGUUCAAUCCAAAUUUGGAAAUCAACCCUUGCGGAAUUGGUUUGAAGUGUAAAUUUAUUUGGAAAAUAUAACAUACACUUCAUAACGGCAAGAAAAACUGUGUUGUUUUGCACUUAUUUGGAUUGAGAUGAUAGCACCGCUCAAAGGAAGGCAAGAGCUCAGAGAAUUUCACUUGAUCGUUGGGAAAAACAAAAAAUUUGCCAUCAGUGUGUGGAAUCUGGCACUGGGAUUUAAUGAUGAUUAUAAAAAAUGUGAUCAUAAGAGUUGAUUGAACAUUAAUGUUGGGAUUCCCUGGUUACUUCGAGUCUUAGGAAAGAAUCCCCUCUAACUCUAAACUCAUGCUGUUUUUGAAGUCAGCAGAGCUUACAGGAAAGUUCUUGGGAAACAGUUACAGUGAUAGAUUUGAUGACUCAUUCCCCGGGACCCUUGUCUCCAGCUCAGCUAAUAGCUUCUUCUUUGUUCGACCCGUCAAGACACAUAUCUGUUUCUCAUUAUUGAUGAACUCAAACUUUUCAGUGUUUUUCCAUUUUGAAACAGGUUAGAAAAGAUGAUUUAAGCUUUACAAGAAACUCAUUUUAAACAGCUGACACCAAAAUAAUAUGGAACCCUAAUUUAUUUUAGGGUGGUUGUGUCUAUCUUAAGUAUUUUUACUGAGCAAAUUAUUUGUCUAAUUUUGGAGUGUUUUGCAGCUCUUUAAUGUAACAUUGUGUUGAGCUCUUCCUGGAGCUAAAAUUGAUGCAUUAGCAAACUAUAAAAGCCAACUGUUUUAUGAGAAUAAUAUAUUUAAGUGCCAAAAUAUUGAGGACAUUUUAAAGGAUAACAAACACGUCUUUACUCUCUGUGGUUUUUUUUCUGUAUUUACGAGGGAGUCACCCUUUUCUUUAAGUUCGCAAAGAUUAAACAUGAACAAUGUCAUCUUCUGCUUCAGCUGCUGCUGCUGGCGAGUCCCAGAAGCUUCUGUCUGGGGGGAAUAUUCUGAAGCACGACGUGGCAAAAUGACUAAAUCCCAGCAUAUACUUCAUAGCAACAGAGAAAUGUGUUCUCUUUUCCAGGGUAACAAGAAAUUUGCGUCAUUUCUUGCAGCCAUGGUUUGGGAGUUCUUGUAGCUUGUUAUUGAUUCAUAUUCUGGGCAGAGCACUUUUCUUGUGUGGCGUCUGAGAAAGUAAGUGAGUGUGCUGCAGUGUGAGAAACCCGUAAAGAUUUCCUGGGAAGUCUGCAUUUUGGUGCUUGUUUAGAGUGAAAUUUCCUUUGUUGUUGUUCUUACAGCCUUGAGCAAAAGAACUAAUUUCUCUGUUCUUGUGGAUUAUGCACGGGCUUUAAAAGUCUUUGAAUCAACUCUUUGUCGCAAUACUUAACAUAAAUGACCACUCUGCCAGAGUAUACUACAUUACCAGGAUGUAGUACACUUUCUUUUUUCUUCUAGUAGCAGCAACAGACCCAUAGCAGUGUGAUGUCAUAAAUGCCGUCUGCCUUCUUUGGUUUCCCACUGGUUGGCUAAAGAAAUGCACUACAAACGGGAAACAAGGAAUAUGUGGGAAGUGAAAAUCAUUAAAAAAAAAAAAAAAUCUGAGAACUGAAUAUAAAAAUGUCAUGUGGAGAUGAAUGUUCACAGAAGAUUAUUCAGAGGAAAUGUGUCAUUUUCUCCCCUUGAGGACAUAAAAAUAUUAUAACUAGGGUGGUAUAAUGUUAUCCAGUUGGAGUUCCUUUUCACAAACAUACAAGUUACAGCUAAUGUGUAUGUCCCGAGGGAAAACAGUUAUAAGGUCCAGUGAUUUGUCUGGUUUUAGUCUUCCUUUUUGGAGUUUUGCUACUUAUAAAAUGCAGUUUAUGUGAAGAAAAUUGGAGUGGACAAAACAUUUGUGAGGUAUUUGUUAAGGUUAAGAGUAAAAUGGAAUGACACUGGGCCUCAUUUCUUUCCCAGUCUCAUAGUCUCUUAAUGGUAAUUGUAAGUUGUUGAGAGCUGUCCACAGGGGGCAAAGGUCCAUUACAAUGAAGAGACGUCAACUUAGCCAUUGUUUCUUUUAGUCCUAAAUGCGACACUGACAGCAAUGUUGAUUCUGACAGUUUUUACAUUCAUUACAAGCGUCAUUAGCAGAGUCAUUAACACUGGGAGGAAAUAUUGACCACUAAUUGGAGACCUUUAUCCGUUCUUGGAAUCCAGUAAUAAAACUGGAUUUCUUCUUGUAAAUAGUGACUUUCAACAACAUUGUAAGUUUCUAAGAACAUAAGUAUAGAUAAUGUUAAUUACAUUGUGGUUCUUAUCCAGCAAAACAUUGGGCUUAUUCUCCCACUUUCUUUACAAUUUAAGUAAAUACAACAAUGUACUUUAGAUAAGUGUGUUAUCUUGCCCCACACAGAUUUGCAUACAGCAAUCAUUGCUGUUGUACACAUAAUAAAAGAAUGGGCAGCCAGCUGAGGCAUUAGUUUAAGAACUGAAGGUGAGAUACAAAAUGUUUCUAUGUCCCGUCUGACACUCAGACCAUGUAAAUUCAAAACUACAAUGGAUGAAAACAUUGAAUACUAAUUAUUUAGUUAGAGAAUUAGUUAAAUUAUAACCAGUCUUGUUCCUAUGACUCACACUUGAUUGAAAUACACAAAAACUACAAUAAACAAGUUCCAUAUUGGCACAGAAUAUCAUCUCUUAACACAUGUCUAAUCUUGAAGCUGAUGGUCUACAACAGCAAGAAGACCACACCGGUCGCGACUCUUGUCGAGUGACAACAGAAAACUAAGUCUAAAAUUCACACAGUGUCAAGCAUUUAGCAGUGACCGUAUGGAAAAUUGCUGCCUGGUCAUACAAGUCUCAGUUUCAACUGCACCAUUCAGAUGGUCAGAAUUUGCAGUAAACAGCACAGAAGCAUAUUCUAAUGGCUACUUACAGCAAGAUAAUGCUCAAAAAACCUCAAACUUGUUGAACCUCACAAUGAGUUUAGUGCACUCCAAAAGCCUCCACAUUCACCAUCUCAAUCAGGUGCGCACUUUUGACAUGUAGUGGAAUGUGAAGUUUGUAUUAUGGAUGUAAAUAAGAUAAAUCUGCAGCAACUAUGUGACGCUGUCAUUUCAGUAUGGAGAAAAGUUUUAGACCAAUGUUUCUUUCACCCUGCUGAAUCUAUGUGAAAGACAUUACCAAUGCAGUUUGUUAGCAACGGUGAACAUGUAUUUACUUUCACACGUAUGCUGGAAACAAACCACUGAUGGCAGAGUAAACUUGUCAUCAGUGGUAUAGGAAGUAAAACAUGUAACAUCCUAUGUCGUCCAACAUAGAAUAUUACAUACAAAGCUCUCAACAAAUUGUGAUACUGCAACAAAAAUAUAAAGAGAGCAAGUAUUUCUUUGACUGAUUGUACUUGGAAGAUUAUUUAUUAUGCAUGAUGGAUGUGGUAUACUGUCUCCAUGGUCAAUUCAAUAAGCAGGUCUUAAAAUUUCUGUAACUGGUCCAAAAUGGGCUCGAUGAAAUAAAAUAUUACCCACUGUUGCUCUGACUCAUAGUCAGGGUUUUAGGAAUAUAAAAGCUUUUGGUGAUUAUUUAUUUAUUUAUUUAUUUCAUUUUCAGAUCCUUUUGUAAAGCGUUAACCCCAUGCAGAGUAAAGGAUUAUGUUGGCUGAACAGACCCUGCCGCCAUUGUUUGCAGCUCUGGAUUUACAAUGACAUGCUAGCUGUUGAUGGUAGGCCCAGAAUCAAUUGUAAAUAUUAUGUAAAGUUAUGAAAUCACAGUUUGAUGAUAAGCCAGGGGCCCUGUGUGUUAAAACAGCACAGGGAUUGAAGGGAUUCUCUAAAAAGAAAUGCAUAAAAUGCUUGGAACUUCCAUUUUGUUCACCCCAAUUUUAAAGGGCUGUCCUUUCAGAUGCCAAAUGGGACAAACUCCAAAUGAAGCCUGUUCUGCUGUAGCAGAAUUUACAUGUGAAAUGAAAACAGUAACAUUCAAUUUACAUUGUCAUGCACCAGUGCAGCUGUUAGAAAUGGGUUCAUCUACGUCCAUAAUUAAGACCUAGGUUCUUAUUUAUCAAGAUCUCCAAACAGGCACAAAAUUCAACGCCAGAAAAUAUUUGAUGUUACUGUUGCUGAGGUUAACUGAGUGGACUUAACUGUUAAUGUUUUAGAAAAUUGGGGGAGAAAUUAAAAAAAAAAUAUGUGGACGAUAUUUUGAAACACAAAAUCAUCUGUUAAAAAAAGCUAUUUUGUCAGAGACUUUCUGCAAAGUGUGAUUGGAGAAAGGUUUUCACUUGUCUUUUGCAGUGAUCAUUACUCAUAUUGACAUUGAGUGUUUCCUGAAAGAUUACAGUUUGUGUCUGUGGCUCUGCUCUUCUUGGAGAAAAAUGUGUAGGAAUAAAUAUUGGUUUUCAUUAGCACUCACAGCUUUCCUACCUGUGAGAACUAAUGGCUGAUGGUAAUUACUCUUAAUGAGAUCACGGGGUUGUCUGCUGGGUGUGUUUCUCCAAAUUGCUCCCAGCGAGGGGUCUGAAGCAGGAUAGGGUUGGGGGGCAAAGGUAGGGGCCCAGAGCUGUUUGCUUAGCGUUUCGGGGCCAGGACCUUUAGUGGCAGCACUUGUCACUCAGUGAGCAGUGAAACAUGUCAUGCAUUUGUCUUCUUUUGUCCUCCUUGUUUGUUUGUCUAACUGAGAUAACCACACAGAGGUGGUGCUUGUCUUGGCAGCAUUGUCAAAAACUCUUGUCAAUGCCCCAUCUCCCCUCAUUUGCUGCUUUGCUACUUGUCAUUUGGCCAGUAUUUUCUGCCUGCAGGGGGUAGCUCAGGCAAUAAGUUAAUCUAUUAAAAACUAAUUGUCUCCUCCUACCCUGUUGCUUGGACAAACAGGGUAGUGAGGGGGAAGUUGAGCUUUGUUGGCCUAUAAAGGUCGUACGGGUAGAGGAGCUGGCAAGUGUCACUGCAUGGAUCUCCUCAGUCGUUUCUGAGAAAAACACUGGGGCCUUCUUGAAGUUUCUCUUUUCCUAAUUCUGAGGCAGCCUGUAUAACUUAUCUUUUUGCAUCUUUGGGAUGUUGGGGGAAAUGAAUCUGGUUCUCCUGUUUGUGUGUUUCUCCGGUACUGACGCUAGUAUUUGGGCCUGGAUGCUCAACAUGCCUCACGGCCCUCCCAAAGACGGAGCUAAACCUCUCGGAGAGAACUCUCCUGUGGCCAAAGCACUCACAACUGUGUGCGACAGCGACAGAACUUGUGGACGCGGUUUCUCAUGUGAUCGUCACUUUGGUCUUUGCGUGCCUUUACGUGGAGAGGGUCAGUACUGUAGGAGGGAUACUCAGUGUGUCCGUGGACUCCUCUGCAUGUUUGGGAAGUGUCAUCGCAGCAUUCCCAAUGGACAAGAGGGCUCCAGGUGUAAAGCUGACAGAGACUGUGGGCCUUUGAUGUGUUGCGCUCGACAUCAUGGCGAGAUGGUGUGCAAAAGGCGCCUGGCUCGCGAUGAGAGUUGUUAUGUUCCUGAUGGUGGGCUGGCGUUCAGCAUCAACCAGAUCUGCCCGUGCGAGGAAGGUCUGCUGUGUCGGGAAAACAGCAGGCAGAACCGCAGAGAGAGGGACUUUACUUACCAACCAGAACGGACAAGAUGGACCUGCCAAGGGUCCAAACCUUAACAUAAGACCUCAAGAUUAAAUCUAUUUAUUAUGUAAAUAUGAUGUACAGAAUAAAUGUUUGUAUUUCCAUAUGCUGUUUUGAAAGAUUCUGUUAGAUUAAUGUAGUGAAUAUUUACAAAAGCACUACUCUGCUCCACGUAGCUGGACAAGGCUUCCGUCUCAUAAAAUACCUUCUUUGUGUAUUUAGUGAUGUUUUCAUUGAAAAAUAAAAGUGUGGUAUGUAUUUGUAAUCAGACCCCUGAUUAAAUAUUUUGUGGAAACACUUUUCAUGACAGAUACAACUGUUAUUUGGGUAUGUCUCUACCAGCCUGACACAUCUACAGACUCAAAAUGUUGCCCACUGUUCUCUGCAAGAAAAGAUAUGAACAGUUACUGUGUCUCCUUUCUAAGCACAUUUCUUGAAGCACGUUUUUGGAUCCCAUGGUUCAGUUGCAUAACCCAGAGGAAUCCAGCAACUCUCAAUUGUUAGCAUCAACAGGUGCUUGAAACACUAGCUUGAAACAUUACGCUCUCAUAGAUCCGUAUCUUCUUCACUCAAACCUUUACCAUUCCCCCAGUCGCUCCAUUUAGAUGCUAAUUGUCUGUAGCUCGACUCUUUCAGAUGAAAGGUUACUGAGUGCAGUUUUUCUGUGGACAACCUUAGUGUCUAGUCUCUUUUCUUCUCAUUGUUCAGAGUUUAUAAAAAAAAUGGUAUUGUAGGUUUUGAUAUUGAGGCAAGAAAAUGCACUAAAGCUUAGAAGUGAAAGUCUGGUGCAAAUAGCAGAUAUCUAAUGUCUUAACAAAUAUAAUUGAGAAACAAUGCAACGGAUCCAUUCUAAGACAUAAACCAAUAUUACAAAUUAUUAGCUGGAAUGACCAACAAGAAAACCAUAAGAUAGCUAGUAUAUAGCUUAAAAACAAGCCAAUAAGGAAACAGAUAUCACACGCACAAGAAAGCCAGGCCAAACAAAAGUGAUAUCUAAUAGCACAAGACUGUGAGGAACCUGAUAUUAGUCAGUGCUACAAAACCAGAGGCCUAUCACCUGAACUUUAGAACACCACUCUCUGUGUAUGCCUCAUCGUAUCUGAGCUACCAUCGCAUUUUAGAGUAUCUUUACAUGUCUGUUUGAUCCACUGUGGGAUUAAUAAGAGACUACACUAUUCAAUUUGCAACUUUAAGGGUUCUCAUGUGAUGGAGGCCAAAAAGACCCAGAUGUAGAACCCUCUCUGCAUGUUUCUCUUUUUAACAAUCUCAUAAAGAGGUACUGGUGAAAUUAAAUAGACUGUUAAGGGUUUAAGUGUGUAGUAAAAAAAAAAAAUCACUGUGUAUUUAGAAUUGAAUGGUAUCGCCCUUGAUUAUUAAGCACUAGUUCUGUUUGGACACAUACAGGUCAUGAAAACAGAUUUAUUUGACUAUUUUUCUAGUUUCUUCCAUGUUUCAUCAAAAUAAAUGGCAGACAAAACUAGUUUAAGCACAUGCAAAGGGCUGAUUCCAGGUGAUAAUUCAAAACUUUUUUAUACUGUAUUUCUGUUUUUGAGCCCCUCCAAUGACCUGCUGCUGUACUUUGGAUCUUUUUUAUUAUUAUUUUGCUGUGUAUCCCAAGUUAGUUUAAGUUUGAAGUCAUGAAUUGAAGACUGGAUAUUCUCCCUCAAAAUUAAUGGUUCCAUCAAUUAUGAUGCAGUUGUCCAGGUCCUGAAGCAGCAAAACAGGCCCACACUAUCAUUACCUGCAGGGCUUUAGAUGUUAUUCUUUUGUGGAUUUUUCUUGAAUUUGCUCUUGGGGUUGUUUGGGUAGGCUAGUUACUCCUGCAAAAUUUUACUUGAGUUUCAUGUUAACUUCAUCUGUGGAUGUUGGCUAUCACUGCUUGAUGGCAUUCCAACACUAAGAGAUGGCUUCCCAAGACUCCCGAAACUGAUAGAUGUCAAUAUUUUCUGUCUUUCAGUUUCUUUAGGCUAGGCUAUGAUGUGCUGCUUUUUGAGAUCUUGUCUUGUUAUCAGAAAAGUUCCAUUUUCGACAAUUUAUCAAUUUGACAUGGUGGCACAGCCAGUUAAUAGAUUUACGUGGGGCUAAUUUUCUGUUAUAAACUAAACCACCCUUUUGUUUUUACAUGGGUUAACAUUGUCUGAUAUUGAAAUUGUUUGACAGGAAAUAUCAUUUGUAACAACGAAGUAAAAACAGAAUAAAUUUAGGGGGCAAAAACAUUUUCAGUGCUCUGUAAUAUACAGAUAAGACAGUUGUGCCUUAUGUAAUGACCUAUAAAACACCAAAAAUGUGAAGUUUGCAUGUAAAGUUGUGUGUUAAAAAAGAAAUUGUAUAAAAAAGAGAAUUUCUUAUAAAACAUUGAAAAUAAACCGCUAAAGCAUUAGGAAAGCUACAGAUGUUGAAAUAACUUUUAUCCCGUUAAUAAAAGUUUAUCUUUUUUGUAGUGUGAA